UUAUGGGUCACGUUCCAAACUCAGCUUGUUACACCUCUACCCGAAAAAAAAAUAAAAAAUAAGGAUGGUUUAAAAGAGUGUACGUUUAGGGUUUAGAUAUCUGAAUUGCAGAAUGUCAAUGGAUACCGACUUGCUCGGCGUCAUGCCUCCACCGGAAAGUUGCGAUGGAAGAGGGAAGCGGUUGAAAUUGGAACCGGAACUGAAAUUGACAUCGGAACCUGAAAUUCCAUCGGAAAGCUGCGAUGAAAGAGGGAAGCGGCUGAAAUCGGAAUCCGAACUUGAAUCGGAAUCAGAAUCGGAGUCUGAAUCGGAGCUGGAGUCGGCAUCCGAUUCGGAACCGGAGCCAUUUCCAAAAUGGGAUUAUAGAACGAAACCAUUUAAAGAUCUGGUUUAUGAAGACUUCUCAAGCCGUUAUGACGAUCACCCUCAACCUUAUAUUUUUGGGUGCGCGCGCUUUGUUUAUAGGAAUAAGGCUCAGAUUAAGAUAGACGAGGAAGAAGCUAAGGCACUUGCCGACUAUUUACGAGACUCUGCUAACAUAAGUCCCUUCGAUGCUAUCCCUGUUCCACCCUUAGCAAAUAAAUGUGGCAAUAACUUUCCCAGACCCAUUACUACUACCAUGACUGAUGAUUGUCGCGAUCUUCUCAUUCAACUCUCCAAGCUUGCUUUGAUAAAGUUCAAUGAUGAAAACAAUCAGGUUUCAAAGUACCAGUUUCAUAACAUUGUCAAAGCAACCUGUUGUCGUAUACCUCUUACUACUUAUUACAUUACCUUUGAAGCAACAAAAGAUGCUGCUACCCAUGUUUUUGAAGCAACAAAAGAUGCUGCUACCCAUGUUGAUCCUGUCAACAUUACAACUUUCCAGGCCCAUGUCUGGAGCCCACUUGCUUCAAAGGGACCACCCGUCGUCCGAUCUUGUUCUAUUAAAAACUAACUAACUCAUGCACCAUGGAAAUCAUGUCCAUUGCAGUGCAUCCACCUUCUCUUGAAGCCCGUUUUGGUUGUCUUAUACAGUUAUACCAGACGUGGGUGAAAGCUGGGACAAGUUUUUGUGUAAUUUAAACUGCUGGUGUUUCUGUAGACAGUAUAUUGUGCUAGAAAAUCUUUAGGAUUUUUUUUUACUUUAUAGGUUGCUUUUGUAAUUUCACGGCAUCUACAUUUAUGUCACUUAUUGGUACAAUCGGACUAGCAUUCCCAACAUUUGAUACGAAUAUGCAUGAACAUGUUAAAAUUU